AUGGAUGUUGUUGAACUUGAAGAUUUGAAUUUACAUGAUGGAACAAAAAGAGAUCAAACUACGUAUCUUAAGUCUAUACCAAUACGUUUGAAACAACAAUCAAUGGGACAUGUCGAUGGACAACAACAAAUGUCUCUGUCAAGACAUGAAAGUGCCUCGAGUGGAAGUAUUGGAAAACGAACCAAACGGCAUGGCAAUAAUGAGGAAGAUGAAAGCAUGGAAGAAGAUGACGCGAGUGAAAGCGAUCGAAGUUCUCCUAGUUCUGUAAAAGAACCUGUUCGAUGGGAUUAUAGAAUAAACUUGAUUGGCCGCCGUGUAAAAGAUAACAAAGCAUUUUGUUGUUUUAGUUGUGGUCAUCCAGUUUUAGUAGCUGGACGAUUGCUACCAUGCAAACACGCUUUCUGUCUUCAUUGUGCACAACAAUGCAAAAAUGAUAGACGAAAUUGUCCCAAAUGCAGUGAUUCGAUCAAUGACGUCGAAAAGAUCGAAGCCAAAAACUUAAUAAUGUGUUUGUACGGCGGUCAUCGUAAUUCUCAUGAUGCAUGUUUACGCGGUUAUACAUCUCAACGUGAUUUAAAUGCGCAUGUUAAACGACGGCAUGAACGGAAUAGUGGUACAAAUAUUUCUACUGCAAAUGUUAAUGAAUCUCUAUCGCCUCAUACACAAAAAGACAAUUUUUCAAACUAUGCUCAGCCGUCCAGCCAUAUGGCUCCUCAAAGUAACUUACAACAGCAGCAAGCCCCACCUCAACUAUCGACGAGAAUGCCUCCUCCAAACUUAGCAAAUAUUGAUUCCUUGCUGAACAAUUUAUAUGAUCCAACAUCCCUAUUCCAUCAAAACGAUCCACAUUUUCCACGAGCACCAAUUUUAAGUGGUGUCGCUCCACUUCCACCUCCACCACCACCAUUACCAUUUGUAGGACCACCGUCGCAAACAACGCAGGCUCCCUUAUGUUAUCCAACACAACAUAAUCAAUAUUCUCAAAUACCGGCUCCAUACUUACAAGCUCCCCUGCAAAAUCCUCCACACGUUUUCACAGAUUCCCAAUCUCAUCAAUACUAUUGA